UUGGUUUGGAAAAAAAGACCUCCGACCAUCAGGCGGCGCUCCAAUAGCGAGCAGCAGAAAAUAACAGCGCACUAAACAGUGUGUCACGGUAGUAUGGCGCUGUGUGUAAUAACCACUAGUUAGCACAGAAGUACGCACUUUCAGAUGUAGACUCCAUUUCCGUUUCCGGGAGCUUCCCCCCUCCACCUCCCAAAUGUUCCGCAACAUCAACAUUUAGAAAUUGAGCAGUUAAACACACUAAAGCGAGAGGGACAGCCGGUGGUACAGGAUGUCUGCUCAGAAGCGGCCGUGUGAUCCCAGCGGUUCUGCUGGUGCUCCCCCUGAGAAAAGGAGAGACAGAGAGGGAGGAGACGGAGGCGAGGGUCUCAGCACAGGGGCAAGCAAUGCUGUGGAGACGGUCAUCAAACUGGGGGGCGUGUCCAACUCGGAGGAACAGGAUAUUAAAGCACUGCAGGUGAAAAACCGAAAAUUGGGAGAGGCCUUGGACCAAAGACAGGUUAUCGAGGAUGAAUUGAGGGAAAGAGUGGAAAGGCUUGAGACUCGCCAGGCUACUGAUGAUGCUAGCCUACUUAUCCUUAACAGAUACUGGAACCAGUUUGACGAGAAUAUGAGGCUGAUUGCCCGCCGCUAUGACCAGUCAGGAAGCCAGCCAGUGGACAGCCAGCCUGGUGAGGGGCGGAGCCUAAAGCCAGGGACACCGGAGCCGGAUGGAGAUUCUAAUCAGGAGAGAGCAAAGGACAGAGGUCCACAAGGAGAGGGAGCGAGCUCGUUUCUUGCAAUGCUGGCCAGUAGUAGCAGUGAGGAAAUGGAGGCGGAGCUACAGGAGAGGGUGGAGUCCAGCUGUAAACAGGCCAGUUGUGUGGUAGAGAUUUGUGAGAAGUUAAAGAGCACUGUAGAUCAACUUAAGAAGGACCUGGAUUCUGAGUCAGAUGGUAGUCUCUUCGAAAUCGCUGCUCACCUCAACACCUUACUGGCCAGUGAAAAUGAACGUCUUCGUCAACUGACAGAUGACCUCAAACAAAAACAUAGUCACAUGACCAAUGAGUCUCGUUCCCUGGCACGUGCUGCUAGUCGUGCUGAUAACCGAAUAAGUGAACUACAAGUGUCAAUAGAGGAACUGCAAUGGGACACAGAGAAGAUCCGCCGCAGGGAAAACCGUCUCAACACACAUCUAGGGGAGGUGCUGGAGAGGCUAAAUAGUAAAGGUUAUAAAGUAUGUGGCGAGGCCAGCAGUGUGUGUGGGACCAUCACUAUCAACAAGAGAAAGUUUGAGGAGAUGAACAGUGAGUUGGAGGAGAACAGAGAGUUAGCAGAGAACCGGCUUAGUGAGCUGCAGAAACUACAGCAGGACCUGCAGACAGUUGUCCAGGAGAACAACAACAUGAAGAUGGAGCUCAUGUGCAGGGCUGAAGGAAUGGUGAGAGAGACGGCAGAGUAUCGGUGUCUGCAGUCCCAGUUCUCUGUGCUUUAUAACGAAUCUCUGGUACUGAAGACCCAACUGGAUGAGACCAGAGCUCGGCUGAACACAACCAGAGCCGCCCGCCUUCGCCAACUCGACCACAUGGAGAAUGAUGAGGUGUCUCUGCAGCGUAAAGUACGUACUGAAGUGAUUCAGCUGGAGGACACACUAGCUCAGGUGCGCAAGGAGUACGAGAUGCUGAGGAUUGAGUUUGAACAAACGCUCGCUGCUAACGAGCAAGCAGGCCCAAUAAACCGGGAGAUGCGUCACCUUAUAAGCACGUUGCAGACGCAUAACCAGCAGAUGAAGGGAGAGGUGGUCAAAUUCAAACUCAGACUCAGAGAGGCCCAGCAAGAGCUCAACCAGCUGCGUGCUGCGAAGGGUAACCCUGCCGUCCAAUCACAAUCAAGCACAGAUAUGGAUAUUAAAGAAGAACCUGCCUCUGUUUUAACGUCUGCCACCUCUGAUGUUGCAGUGAAAGCAGGGUCGGAUAAUGAUUCAGCCACGCCCACUACCACUGGAGUGUCAGUUAAGACUGAGCCUGGAACUGAAACUGAAGGCACAGUAAAAGAAGAAGAGAAGGAGAAAGACAAGGAAAAAGAGAAGGAGGAGAAGAAAGAAAAAGAGAAAGAUCAGAAAGAGAGAGAGAGGGUAACUCGUGUGGCAGUAAAGGAGGAAAAGGAGAAACCGGGCACUAGCAGCAGUCAGUCAGACGACACGCCAGCUGAACGCUGUGCUGUGAUUGGAGGGCCAAAGAGAAAGGAAGUGGAGCAACUGAAAAUUGUCAGGGUGGAGCUUAAAAAAGCCCAAGAGUCUCAGAGAGAGAUGAAGCUCUUGCUGGACAUGUAUCGCUCUGCCCCAAAAGAACAAAGGGACAAAGUGCAGCUGAUGGCUGCAGAGAAAAAAUCAAAAGCUGAGGCAGAGGAGCUACGUCAACGCCUGCGGGAUCUGGAGGAGAGGGAGAGGAGGGAAGGAAAGAAGAUGGCUGACGAGGAAGCUCUGAGAAAAAUCCGCUUAGUGGAGGAGCAGAUCGACAUCCUCAACAAGAAACUCUCCCUUGCCAAGCAGGAGGAGGAUGCGUUGCUGAGUGAGAUGGACGUCACCGGACAGGCCUUUGAGGACAUGCAGGAACAGAACAUUCGCUUGAUGCAGCAGCUCCGCGAGAAGGACGAUGCCAACUUUAAGCUCAUGAGCGAGCGCAUUAAAUCCAACCAGAUCCACAAGCUCCUGAAAGAAGAAAAAGAAGAGCUGGCCGACCAGCUGCUCACACUGAAAACACAGGUGGAUGCUCAGCUCCAGGUUGUGAGGAAGCUGGAGGAGAAAGAGCGCCUCCUGCAGGGCACCAUUAGUGCUGCAGAGAGAGAGCUGGGUCUGCGUACACAAGCCCUGGACAUGAACAAACGCAAGGCCCAAGAGUCUGCGCUGCUGUCAGAGGAGUUACGGGGUCAGCUGGAAGCAGUGCAGCAGAGACUGAAAGAAGUCCGUGAGGAGGUGAUCGAGAACAGCAUCUCCAGAGAGAAAGAAUCCUUCAAUGCCCGCCGUGCACAGGAGGACAUCUCCAAACUGCGCAGGAAGAUUGAGAAAGCCAAGAAACCUGCUGAAAGCAUGCGCAACGGUGACGAGAUACUUAAUGAGGAAAUUAAUGAAUACAAGGCCCGUUUGACGUGUCCAUGCUGCAAUUCUCGUGUAAAGGAUGCUGUGCUGACAAAGUGCUUCCACGUCUUCUGUUUCGAGUGUGUGAAGACGCGCUACGAUACACGCCAGAGGAAGUGCCCAAAGUGCAACGCCGCCUUCGGCGCCAACGAUUUCCACCGCAUCUACAUCGGAUAGGCUUGUUACUGAUUGGUCCAUUGCGCCAACGUCUUAUCCAGCUGAAUGAGCUGAUUGUUAGAUGUAGAUGGAUUUGCUGUGAAGAGUGCUCUGUUGUCGAGAUUCUUCACUAACUCCAGCCACCAUCAGCUGAAACUCCACAUUCCAUCACAUUUGCUUGGUUACCAACUGACUAUGAAGCAAGUUAGCUGUUUAGGUUUAAAGGAACAAAGCUGGCAUGAUAUCUCAGACCUAUCACAACUGAUCAGCUCAGCCUUUAGCUGCUACUUGUAUUCUGGCAUGUUUAAUCUGGUGGCACUUUUAAAGUGGGACUACUCCGACUUUCUCUUGCUCUCCAUUCCACCUCAACCGGUUUUGCUCCACCGGAACAAUGACAUUAGCGAUAAGCUAGAGACCUCCUCUGAGAAAGAACUGCCUGACAGGCUUCUAGUUGUUGAUCUGCAGUCUUCUAGACUGAUCGGUGUUGUUGUUUUUGUACUUUUUUUAUUUUGAAAACUGCCUAGUUAUGUUGGUUGAUCAUUUGCAAUUCAUUAAAUUGCUGUCCAACUGUG